GAAUACCACUUGAAUUGUUAGAAAUUAAUAUUAUUUAUAAUAAGACACAUUCCUUCUCUUCGUUUAAAUCCCAAAUACAGGAAUGUCACAAUCUUUUUCUAGUAAAUUGAAAAUAUGCUCAUCAGAAGGAAACAAAGCUUAGACUAUGAAAACAUAAAAAGAACAACCUCUCGCACCUUUCUAACUGCUCAUAUUAAACAUUCCACUUUUAACUCAUAAACACAAGUGAAAAAUAUUGUUCUUAUUAUUUCUUGGCAAAAAAAUGGUUAUUGUUUUCACAUUAAUUUCAUCACUAUUCCUUUUGAUUUUUGCGACCUUAGUGACAGGAACUAUCAUUGAAUCCUCCACUGCCGAACCUCAUCGUAAACGGUUGGUUAGUAAAUUGAUUCACCGCGAUUCGAUUUCCUCCCCAUACUUCAACCCCAAAGAGACAGUUGAUGAUCGCAUAGAACGGACAAUGAAAACCUCAGUGACCCGAAUCGCCUACUUGUAUGCGCAGACUAAAAGAAAUGUCAGCUUGAAUGAUUUCCAGCUUAAUCUUGUUCCCACUAACUAUGAACCCUUGUUCAUGGUGAAUUUCUCUAUGGGACAACCUCCUACUCCACAGCUAGCGAUAAUGGAUACUGGAAGCAACAUGCUAUGGGUACAAUGUGCCCCGUGUAAGCGUUGUUCCCGACACGCUGGUCCGCGGUUCAACCCUUCCAGGUCGUCAACGUAUGCUGGUCUGCCAUGCACAAACAUUCAGUGCCGUUAUGCUCCUCGUGCUGAUUGUAACUGGUUGAAUCAAUGUACUUACAAUCUAAGUUAUGCAGCCGGUCCACCGUCAGUGGGAUUGCUAGCUACUGAACAACUAAUCUUUCAAAGUUCGGAUGAAGGCCUCAAUGUGGUUCCUAAUGUGGUGUUUGGGUGUAGCCAUGAGAACGGGGACUACAACGACAGACGUUUCUCCGGCAUCUUUGGACUUGGAAAAGGAAUCACAUCUUUUGUAAAUCAAAUGGGUUCUAGAUUUUCUUAUUGCAUUGGUAAUAUAGCUGAUCCUCACUACAAAUACAACCAAUUAGUCUUUGGCGACAAUGCGGACUUUGAAGGCUCUUCAACACCUUUACAAGUAGUCCGCGGCCAUUACCGCAUCACUCUAGAAGGUAUUAGUAUAGGAGGGAUAAGACUCGUGAUUGAUUCUACAACAUUUAGUAGGGAUGGGAAUGGAAAUUCUGCAUUAAUUGAUACAGGAACUGCAGUAACUUGGCUGGCUGAUAAUUUCUAUAAAGCACUUGAUAAUGAAGUUCGUCGGCUCAUGGAUGGAGUGCUAACUCCGUUUUGGAGGGGGCCAUUUCCCUGCUACAGGGGAACAGUGAGCCAAGACCUUAUCGGGUUCCCAGUGGUGACAUUUCACUUUGCUGGGGGUGCAGAAUUGGAUUUAGACACAGGAAGCAUGUUCUAUCAAGCAACGCCGGAUAUUCUAUGCAUGGCCGUGAGGCAAGCCAGUGUCUAUGGUAAAGUUUUCGGAGAUUUCUCCGUGAUUGGGCUAAUGGCUCAGCAGUACUAUAAUAUUGCUUAUGAUCUUAACAGCUAUAAGUUACUCUUCCAGAGAAUAGAUUGUGAACUCCUAGUUGACUAAAUUAUGUGUUCCCAAGGAUCCAUAAUCAACAUAAUGUAUACAAGUAAAAUGAUUUGCAUAUCUUAUAUUCUAA